GUUGGAAGUGCUGCUGUAUUUCCUCAACAGGGGCAAAGCUGAGCUCGGUUCUGAGGUUUUGAGAGCCUUCUGAAUUUCAACUCGGUAGCAGCUUGGGUCUGGAAGAACCAUCUCUUCGCAGUUUGGAGAACUUGAUUUAAAGGUUCAUCUACAGUAGUGAAAGUGUCAGUAACAACACACAGGACUCCAAGUUCUGGCAAAAUAACUGCAAAACAUGAAUAGUUCCUUUUGGGCAUACGAAGGUUCCACACCUGAAUUACUCUGCGGAAGAGCAGCUGACUAUCUUAUAGGAAACAAUCAUUUACCACUACUUAUAUGUGCCAUUAGUGUUUUAGGAGGUGUUUUGAAGGUGAUUUUAAAGAAUCAUGAAGUCACUGUCUUGAUAAUUCUUUCUCUACUGGGAUCUGUGUUAGGACAACUGGCCUACUAUUUUGUUGAGGUGCAUCGAGUUGUUUAUCCUCUUCUAAGAACACCAAGUUAUUCACUUUAUUGCUGUUUUAUACCUUUAAUUACAUUUAUGGUUUCAUUGGAUUUGGACUUUCAUAUACUCAGGAAUGUGUUUUGGCAGGUCUCACUAACUGGGUUGAUCAGCAUUUUUGCUGAACUUAUCGUGACCGGAUACGUGGUAGUGAGAUUCAAUGAAAAUUCAUGGGAUUUGCAAUGUUGCAUAUUCUUUAGCAUUGCUCUUAGCAUUAUCGACCCUUUUCAUUCUGCAAGCUCACUAAAAACUAUUGGCAUUUCUAAAAUGUACACUGAUUUCUUUAGAGGACAAUCAUUGAUCCUUUGUAGUGUCAUGCACAUUUUUUUUGGAGUUUUUCGGGGUGCUUCAGAUGCAAGUAACACAUUUAGAGAGCUACAUUUAGUUUUGGGAGUUGUCAUGGACAUCCUUGGAAGCAUCAUAUGUGGAUACUGCUGUGCAAGAGUCAUUGAGUUUAUAUUGACUGACCCUUUUAACAAUUCACUGACUAAUAUCAUCCUCAGCAUUUCAUUGGUGUACAUGACAUUCUACACUGCGGAAAAUUUUGGAAUGUCAGGCAUUGUUGCUUUGAUCACUGUGGGACUGAAUUUAGAUUCCUUAAGCUUUAAAGCAAACAUGGAGCAUGUAAUUACUAAAUUCCUAAUGAUGUUUGCAUCCAUAUAUGAACAUUUAAUCUAUACUUUCUUGGGCAUUGUGGUUGGAUGCGGAGAAAUCGAGUAUUUCAAAUUUCACGCUAUAGUUUUCUCUCUCAUGUUGUUUGUGACAGUGAAUUGUGUAAGGGUUAUUACUACUCUUGCAGUGACUCCUAUUUUGAUGCAUUUGGGUCGUGAAUAUAAUUGGCAAUUGGGAAUGGUUAUUGCCUGGUCUGGAAUUAGAGGAGUUUAUAGCCUACUCUUGGCUCCUGAUGUUUAUAAUCUGGCUGAACAAAAAGUAACGGCUCCACAUCUGUUUAUAUUCUUUAUUCAAGCAGUAUCACUGUUGACUAUGGGAAUAAAUUCAUACAUGAUGACUCAGUCAGCUAAGACAUUAGGUCUCUGUGUUAUUUCUCUCCCAAGACAAAGAGUUAUACAAAAUGUCAUUCAUCACAUACAGCAGAUUCGACAGAACACAAUAGCUUUAUUUAAAACGGAGAAACUUACGACGAAUGUUAAUUGGACUUUAGUAGAACAAAAAACCAAGAUUGAAUAUGCUAUUCCUUCUGAUAAUCGUCGGGUUUCCAGUCUGUUGUGUGAUGAUGAAACUAGCGAGUGUCCAACCGAUGAAGUUUUAAUAGAAGAAGCCAAAUUGCACGUAGCUAUAAUGCAAAUGAGUAGCUUUGAAAAACAGUGCAAUGAUGGACUCAUUGGAGUAGAGGCAUCCCGGACAUUAAUUGGUGCUACCAAAAUCUACUGCCUCAUCCAAGAAAAAUUCAUGAGUAUCUAUGAUGUUUCAACUUAUGUAAGAUCUAGAAGUUGGCUUAUAAUGUUUAAAAACAUACUAACUUACAUGGAAUACCAUAAAGAAAAGGGAGCUUUUGUUUUACCUGGGGUUAAUAAAUUCAUCUUAUUUGUAUACCGCAUCGUGUUUUCAGAAGAAUUUGAAUAUGCAGCAAAUAUUAUAACGUUCAUGUAUAUUUAUCCUCUCAUAAUACAUUUAUGGCCAAUGGCAAGAAAGCUCAAUGAGUCAGCACUGAGUUCAAUAAACUACUAUUUUUUGUUUUUAUAUGUACUACAGUCAACGUUGAAGCUUAUAAUUUUGAGAAAAAAAUAUUUUAAACAACAUUGGAAUUCACUGGAUUUUAUUAUCAUGCUUGUUGGACUUAUUGAUGCCUUGGUUUUAUACUGUGUCUUACUGAGACCAGACAACUUGUUUCUUAUCCAGUUUACAGUGACAUUAGGAUAUUUAAGAAUAAUUAGGCUUCUUCCUCUCUUCAAGCUAGUAAUACCAAUACUGAUAAAUACGAUAGAUGUGCAGAUCAAAAAGCACCUCAGCUUGGUGUACAGUAUUACGAAAGGAUACGCUAAAAGUCAAGAAGAUGCCAACGUUUUAGUAAAACAAAUUUCUGGCCGUGAAUCAGUGUAUCAGAAAUUGCAUGACAUUUUGGAAAAAAACAAACACGAUGCUAUCAAAGAGCUAGGAUUCAUAGAGCACGAGAAUCGAGACAUUGUCAUUGCUUUAAAGACCAAGCAGGUGGUCCGGAGAGUGUUUGCUAAAGCUCAGAAGCACCUCACCUUCCUUUGGUCAAGAGGCAUUAUGGAUAGAAAUGAGGCCGUCAGCAUGCACAAGGUAUUUCUUAACAAAAUAAAAGCCUUGAAUAAUUUUCCAAUGGUAGCCCCGCCUCCUACUGCUGACCAAUACCUCUCUAACAUUAUUUGGAUGGAAAAUAAAGAUGUUCUCAUUGAGUUCUUCAAGGAAAGAACCAAACUUGCCUACUUUGACUAUAAUGAUGUCAUUUGUAAAGAAGGCGAAAUGCCACUAGGAAUCUACAUCAUUAUUUCGGGAAUGGCAAGUCUGCAUAGCUCAUCUCCUACCUUUGGCAUAGACUGUAUCGAGAGACCUGAGCUGGAGGAGGAAACCCUGUUCACCGAGUACUGGUCGAGCGGGCAGCUCCUCGGUGAGCUGAGCUGCCUGCUCAGAGAGGAGGUUAAAUACACCGCCAUCUGCGAAACCACGCUGCAGGCCUUUUUUAUCUCUUUGGAGGAUUUAUAUGAAGGCUUUGAUAUCUUCUGGCCUUCCUUGGAAUAUAAAAUAUGGCUCAAUUUUGCUCUCCAUAUUGCUUAUCAGUAUUUUGAACCAAAUAUUGCAGAUGAGCACUUAACUUUUCAGAAUUGUAUGGCAAACAAACGCGCCUAUGUGGAAAGUUUACCAAUCUAUACCGAAAUGAAUAUUAAUACCGUGGACAUGAAAUUUGUUAUUAUUGUGUAUGGCAAUGUGAUUAAUAGUGCCACAGAGGAGCUAUAUUUUGCGCCUUGCAUUAUACCUAAAACCUGUAAUCAGAUUCAGGGAAGUGUGGAUAUAACCAAGCUGUUAAUAAUCCAAGCAUCUGAGCCUGACUCUACUGAUCAUGGCAGUAGCAUAGUCAGCCCUGGUUUGCUCAGAGCCAAGAAAGAACAACAGGGGAAGAAAAAAGAUAAGGUAACACACUUGGCAAUUGGAAUAAAUGUUUCUUCUUGUGGCUACUAAACAACACAGUAAAAUAAAUUGUGAGGUCAAGGACUGAAAUGCAGGUGGCAAGAAGAGACCCUUCUCCUGCAACUCAUUAUUGGGACAAAUUGAGAUACAACUCAUGGAUUAUUUAGAAAUUAAAGCUAAGAAUAUUUUUGUAGUAAUACUUUGCCCCACCUAAUUUCCCCCU